ACGUUUCGACAAGGCAAACUCUCGUCGUGAACUCGCCAAAGAAAGUAAUUUCCAGCCGCAUUUCGGACCAUCCAUGGCGGCGACCCACUGAUCAUCAAGUAAAGCUAGGAAGACCGGAAAAUUCCUAGCCUUACAGUAGAAACCGUCGGCGAAUCCGUGACGAGAACUAAGGACAAUGCCGGCGACUGACUAAUUUUCAUGUGCCGCCAGAAACCGUCAAGUUCCUACACUGAUCACGAAAUUCGUCGGAAAUCCUAUUCACGGACGCACAUUUUUUAACCACUCGUCGGCGAUCCGUUGUAUAGGGAUGGAUUCAUCUGGGACUCUCCGUCAGCGUAGGAAAUCCGAAGCCAAGGGAACCUCGUCUGGCACCGAGGCUGGCGCCGAGGCUGUAUCCUCCUCCACGCAAUCUCUGCAGCAGUCAGCGAGGCAGCGAAAGAAUCUUCUCAUCUCUUGGCGAACCGCCUUUUUUUUCCUCCUAAUCUCACGGUCAAUUAGCGCUGCGGUCAACAUUAUUCAUGAUUGCGACGAGACCUUCAACUACUGGGAGCCUCUGCACUACCUCCUACACGAGUCUGGAUUCCAGACAUGGGAAUACAGUUCUGCGUUUGCCCUUCGCUCCUACCUCUACCUCGUUCUUCACGCCCUAGUCGCCUUGCCAGUUACCCUCAUCUUUGGCAACGGCAUUGGGAAGUUGAACGCCUUCUAUGCUGUGCGGCUGGCCCUGGGUGCUCUCUCUGCCGCUUCAGAGGCCUCCCUUCUGGUAGCCGUUGCUGCUGCUCUUGACAAGGCCACUCAGACGCCUGGUAGUGCAAGCUCCAGAGGCGACAGGGUCAGCAGCAGCAGUGCUGCUAGUACCAGCAGCAGCGGAACUAAGGACGAGAGUGAUAUCAAGAAAGAGAAGGAGAAGGAGAAGGAGAAGGCAGUUCCAGCGGGGAUUGGGGAGCGAGUUGGGGUAUGUGGGCUGCUGCUGCUCUGCUUCUGCAGUGGAAACUUCCUCUCGUCUACCACCUUCCUCCCCAGCACCUUCAGCAUGUACGCCAUCACCUGGGCCACCUCUCUCGCCAUCCAAGGCCGUCCUGCCGCAGCAGUGGCGGCAGCAGCAGCAGGCGUGCUGCUGGGAUGGCCUUUCGCUGGUCUAGCUGCUCUCCCUCUGGUUCUGCAUGGGAUGUUCACUGGUGCCUUUAUUCCAGUUCUUGCAUCCGGUGCUGCCACAACCGUCCUUGUCUCGGCUGUUUCCUUGUGUUUUGAUCGUGUGUACUACGGCCGCUGGACCUCCUCCAUCCUCAACCUCGUCCUGUACAACGUGUUCGGAGGGGGGGAUGGCGCCGGCAGCACCCUCUACGGCGUGGAGGGCCCGCUCUUCUACCUCCGCAACGCCCUCAACAACUUCAACCUCGCCCUCCCUCUCGCGCUGCUCCUCCCACUGCUGCUGCCGAUGGUGUGCCUCGCAUCGCCGCCCUUUCGGGCUAUGAAGGGGAAGAGUGAAAGUGGAAGGAGUGGAAAGGGAGGGCGGGGUUUUGUGGGGUGGAAGGCGGUGGUAGCGCUGCUGCUGCUGCCUGUGUUCAUCUGGGUUGGGUUCAUGUCGCUACAGCCGCACAAGGAGGAACGCUUCCUCUACCCCAUCUAUGCGCUGAUCCCAGUUGCUGCUGCCAUCACCAUCACUCUCAUCCCAUACCUCAUCCCCACUUCGCUCCAAGGACCUCCGGACCAGCCGUCCGUUGUGUUCUCGGCAGCCAAGUGGGUGCGGCCUGUUGUACUCGGGCUCAUUAUUGCUCUCUCCUACGCUCGCUCCACGGCUCUCCUGCACUUCUACUCCGCUCCCAUGCGCAUCCUGCAGCACCUACCUCCUGUGGAUGCUGCGAAUGAGGAAGGUGAGUGACCACAGUGUGUUACGGCGUGGAGUGGCAUCGCUUCCCCUCCUCCUUCCUCCUCCCCUCCCCCCUCCACCACGCUGCCUUCAUCGACGAUGGCUUCAAGGGGCUGCUGCCCAUCCCCUUUGACUCUGAAGCGGGGGGCACAGAGUCUGCUCCCACUUACUUCAAUGACAAGAACCAAGCCACGCCAGAGCAAUUCGUGGGCGACUUUUUGUGCGACUAUCUGGUUGAGCUGGACAACUCACGCCACGUCAGCAUGACGGGGGAGAGGGGAAGCAUCCUGGAAGGAGCACAUGCCAUGCGUGGGCACGACAAGGACAAAUGGGAGGUGGUGGCAUCUCUCCCGUUUGUUGACUCCCAACGUUCCCCGGCUCUAUACCGAGCCUUCUUCGUCCCGAACCUGUCGGAGAGGCUUGUCAAGUAUGGCUCGUAUGCCUUGCUGAGGAGGAAGCAGGAAGAGAGCAGCAUUCCAGAGGUUGAGGGGUGGGAGAAAUUGAGUGGGUAUGUGGAAGGGGAGGUUGCUGCUGAGAAUGAAACUGCUGCUGAUGAAAAGGAGGGAGGACAUUCGGAUGGGAAAGAGGCGACUUCAGAGGCGCAAGCCUGAGGAGGAAGCGGGGCGAGAGCAGCAUUGGGGAGGUUGAAGAGUGGGAGAAACUGAGCGGCCAUGUAGAAGGGGAGGGUGCUGAUGGGAAUGAAAGUGUUACAGAUGGGAAUGUAACUGUUACAAAUGGGAAAGGAGAUGAAUUCGGAGGGACAAGCACAAGCUUGAGUUGAGGAGGGUCUCUUUUGUCCAGGAAUUUCAAGGGUGAACUGCCCUGAUUACCAUUAAUACAGGCCAUGUUCCACAACUUAGAUUUACCAUGGUAGGGGUGUUUGUUGUGGCACUGGGAUAGUUCAGUCAAACCUCUUUUCUCUCGAAGGAGGGUACUAGGGAGGCUUUCCCUGGGGAAGGUGGAUAUAUGUGUCAAACACAUUUGUGUGUGAUGUUGAAGACCAUAUAGGGUUGUGCCUUAGAGAGUACAGGCCCCUAGGUUAUAAUGCCUUGUACUCUCACAUUCUAGUCAU